AUUUUCAUCAGUUCCACUUCUUCAUUGGUAAUGAAAAGUCGACCUGCGUAAAAUGUGCGACCAAUUACCUUGCCUUCCUGACGGGACGGAAAUCGUUGUCGAUUUUUCCAAAACGCUCGACUGGUAUGAGUAUCUGAUUUUCGGUGGUGUUUUAGCUCUGUCGAUGGCAAUAGGAAUUUAUUAUGGCUGCUUCGGUACAAAGAGUAAAACCAAUGAAGAGUUUCUUAUGGCUGGUCGGUCAAUGUCAAUUUUACCAGUGACAUUAUCUUUGGUGUGCAGUUUUGUCUCAGCGAUAACACUACUCGGCAAUCCUGUUGAGGUCUAUUUCUAUGGUCAGCAAUACACUGUGAUUUUCAUCUCAUUCAUACCAAUGACUCUGGUCUUGGCUUAUCUUUAUGUCCCCGUGUACUUUGAUUUACAGCUCACGUCUGCCUAUCAGUAUUUCGAGUGGAGAUUCAGUCGACCGGUUCGGACGAUGUGCAGUGUUUUUGCGAUAAUACAUUUGGUCGUUUACAUGCCGAUCACUGUUCUUGGUCCCUCAUUAGCGUUGGAUCAAGUUGCUGGUUUUAGUUACAUAGCUUCGUCUGCUGCAAUAUUUCUAGUCUGCAUUGCCUAUUCAUCUCUCGGUGGACUUAAAGCGGUUUUAUGGACUGAUGCAUUACAAGCUGGCGUAAUGAUCGUGGCUUUGGCGGCGUUAGCAAUUUGUGGUAUUAUAGAAGUAGGUGGACUGCCUGAGGCGUGGGAACGAUCACUGGAAUCCGGCAGGAUAAACUUUUUCAACUUUGACCCAGAUCCCAGGGGCAGACAUACUUUUUGGUCGGGUACAAUAGGUGGAUUCUUUGUCUGGUUGCCAUUGUUUGGUGCGACGCAAGCUCAAAUUCAGAGAUAUAAUUCCGUGCCGACACUAAGACAAUCUAGAAAAUGCCUGGUAUUCAAUAUGUUUGGCAUGAUUCUCAUUAUAUUUGUGUGCUCACUGAUGGGUAUGUUGAUAUUCGGCAAAUAUCAUGAUUGUGAUCCCGUUGGAGCAAAGAUAGUUAGUUCAGCUGAUCAACUAUUGCCAUUGUUUGUGGUUGACGCAUUACGUAAUUAUCCCACACUACCUGGUCUUCUAGUGGCUGGCUUAACGUGUGGUACAUUGAGCACUGUGUCGAGUGCACUUAAUUCGCUAACGGCUCUGAUCACUGAAGAUUUCGUGAAACGUUAUCGGCCAGAAUGGGACGAAAUAAAACUCGGCUACACAUCAAAAAUAAUAUCAACAGUCACGGGACUGAUAUCCUUCGCAUUGGUAUUCGUUGUUCGCAUUCUAAAUCGCACCAUUAAUAUUUCACCCUUUUCAACGUUGAUUCAUGGUUCGCUAAUCGGGCCGAUUUUAGGCGCAUUUACUUUAGGUAUGUUUCUGCCUUGGGUAAAUAAUAUGGGCAUUUUGUUAGGAAUGUUCGCCUCAAUUUUGUUCUCGGGAUUUAUUGGUCUCGGAAAUAUUGUAGCCGGUAUACAGGAUCUAUUGCCGAAUCAACGGUUAAAUUUGACAGUGCAGGGCUGUACCUGCAGUAAUGGAGUGGAAGAGCAAUUUUGCAGAGAUUUUCCGGACAACCAAUAUCUCGAUUUAGCCGACAACAGUCACUGGAAAGAAAACGAUGACUCAGUUCUCGUUCGUAUGUUCAGCAUUUCGUACAUAUGGCAGCCAGGUGUUGGUACACUGUCUACAAUAGUAUUUGGUAUCUUCUUCAGUGCUCUCAUAAUUCUUAUCGAUAAGAGCAAAAGGAAGAAGGUACAUGCCAAACUUCUCAGUAAACCGUUCAUUAGAUUAUGGAAUAAAAUCUUUGGGAAAUCACGAAUGGACAAGUGGAUCGAUUACGACGACAAAAUUCUAUUCGUAGCGGGCAAAUCAGAUUAAAGUCAUUGUUAAUUGUUCCAUCCGUUCCACCCACGACGUG